UGUGCAGAAGAGAGUUCCUGGUCAUUUUGUCCUUCUGAAACAACCAGACAAGCUGCAGCAAUCACAAGUCUUUUUCUUAGCUAGCCGUAGAAUACUGAACGCCACCUGGUUCGCCAUUAGCUUUGAUUUCCAGUGGUAUCUCCGUAAAAUACUGACUGAUCAUGUCUAGAUCGGGCGUAGUGUGUGUGCUGACGAUAGCCGUUUUAUGUAUCGCUGAGAUUGUCAAUGCAGCUCCGGCACCGGAACGGUAUUUUGGGUUUGACCAAUCAGCAAUGAGAGUUUUCCGUAGAGGAGGACAGUCAGUUAAAUCUACAAGUGCGUCAAGCGCCAAAGAACUUGAGUGCCCUUAUGACGUCAUCACUCAACCCGGCGAGUACUAUAUUCGUGCAGCUGAAGCUCAUGCAUGCACGUGGCUCUUCAUAAGCGGAGCUAAUUCAGUGGUUGAACUGGAACUGGUAGAGGUGGAGUUACCAUGCGUUGAUAACUCCUUCAUCGAGUUCUUUGACGGAGUUGCCCUUCAGAUGGGCGUGUUUCCAACCGAAGCUGAUCAUGAACUGACGUCACAGGAACGAGUCAACCUCCCCUGUAAAACAGGCAACCGUGUACUGGUGUCCUCUCAGAAUGUGGCCAUGCUAACGUAUCAGUUUCCUGCCUCCGGAGCCGCCUUCAGGUUGCUGUUCAAACACAAGAGCAUCCAGGAUCCUUGUAACAUCUUCAUCGCUGAAACAUCCGGGGCCUUCACACUGAGCAAUUACGGAAGAGAAAGAAACUGUUCGUUCGCUGGUAUCUUCCCCGGUUACAUCAACGUAAUGCACAUGGCUGUCGGAAGGGAGACCAACGAAGCCAGACUUAAGUGCAAAGACUUCAACGACAUGGCGAUGUUUCUAGAAGGCAACUCCUUUGAGUUCAGUAAGAUGAACAUCGAGCAGCGAAUGUGUGGCCGUACAGGCACGUCCACGUUCGCCCGGAACACCACCCCUGAACUUGUAGCUCCCUCCGUGGGUGAAGCUCAUGGCCGAGACGCGGCAAUCUCAUCACUGGUCUACAAAAACAGAGCCCAGUGCACCUCAGGUAUCAACAUCCCCCUAAUGUGCCAGUUUUCCAUGGUUCGACUGGUAUCCAGCGGUCUCUACGAAAACUCACUCACUUUCAUAUUCACGCGAGAAGCAAAAGAAAUAAACGAGUGUUCCGUAUAUUAGGCAGUCGCAGACGACAGCUGUUUGAAACUCCGACAGUAUUGUGUGUCGGGUACCAAAUGAAGACAUCAGAAGAACAUCGAACUUGAAUUAUUUCAAGACACGAAUCAUGAAUUUAAUGAUUUUUACAUUGCUUUUGAAAGUUCCGGUGGCCAGUUUUAUGUCUGAACCAGUUUGGGACCAUCGCUCAUCAGUGUUUACACUCUAUUUGUACAUAAGCAUAAUAAACAGUUGUAUGUACUCUUAUUAUUUAUGUAAAUUUCAGUAAAAGUAUUUAAACUCAUCUUCCUUCGACUAUUUUGUCUUAUCUGAAGAAAGGGGUUGACAAAUUAUAAAACUAUUUUUAUUUGUGGCGUGAAGAUAAAUUUUCAAUUGAAAUAAACUGGUAACCGGUGAACGAUUUGUUACGCAUUAAUUAGUUGAACGGGCUGGGCUGCUUUCUCUAUCUACGAUGACUGCUUCAGUUUGCUCAAAUUUAAGGUUAAACUUACAUCUGUUGUUUCUGUGUUCGAGGUGUUGUGGAAAAAAAAAACAUCGUUAAUAAAUAACACUGUAUUAUUUAAAAAACUAUUUUAUCGUAUUACAUGCUGCAGGCUGGUAUAAUUAUAAGUAAUUGUAUAACUCUGAUAAUCGAAAUUCAUUCCAUUGAACAGACCUGCUAAAAAACCUCAAAUGUAUUCGUCUAGGUUAAACUCUAUCAAAUGUUUCAUAGAAGUCUUAGAAAAACAAAACCUUGUCUUGUCAUUUUGUCUGAGUGAACAGAUCUUUAUGUGUUCCCUUGUGACAAUGGGAAGGCAUGUUUCGAAGACAUUCAGUCAAUAUUUGCGAUUGAGGAUUUUGACAAGUUGAGUUUCAGAUUACUCAAUAGAUUGACAUGCAGCUGUAUCCUGAGCACCUAAACAUCAAGCUGAUCAAAUUGAUUUGAAUAAACACAUUUCAAAAACGCUUGAAGGUUUUAUUCUUUUUUUUUCAUUUUCUUUCUUGAAUUUCGAACGUCUUUAGCAUAAAAGUACUUUGACUGAAUCGGACAUGUGUUUCCCGCCCGAAGCUAAAUAUUACAAAGUCAUUGUUGGAUGUACUGCAGCAAUCGACCAUCUUGAGAUUGUUCUUCACGAUAGACCGUAAUCAUGGUGUGGCCAUCUUGAUUUUACUCCAUUCCAACUCAUUGUAACCAAACUGAGGCUGGACGAAAUAAUAGUCUGGUGCCACGAGCAUUGAAUUUACGCAUUAAUUACUGUUAUUGGAAACAGGGAACAUGACCACAAUGGUGACAGCGUGAUAAGGGUCUAUAUCUUGAAUGUAUUGGAAUGAGCCCUCAAGUUGAUAAAGCUGUUAAUGUUAUAACACAAAUAACAAUACAGGCAUAAAAUAGAUGCAUUUGUUCACCGUAAUCUAAAUUCUUGAAGUUUAAUAGAGGUGUUGGUUAUGUGCAAGAUACAGUUUCUUUUAUAAAUGCUUGUAUUGUUUUAUGUAUUAAACGAGAGAGUAUUUUCCCCGUCACCUUGCGCACAGAAGGUACAAUAAUGAUACACCAAAGCCAUUUUCACACGACAACAAUUUAGCAGGGGUCCCUUGCUUAAUUUUGAGCAUGGUUGUAAAAUUUCACCUCGUGUGAAAUGACACAGUGUUUGAAUUAUCCAAGGUCACUAGUGAAAUCUCAAAUUCGCCGUCCUUAGUCCUUUCAUACGAGAUGCGUUUGGUAAAAUUUCGCAACCGUGCUAAACUUAAAUUGCUGUCGUGUGAAAAGGCCCUUAGGAAACUGAAUAAUGUAGCAUUGAUUUGCAUUGUGUAUCCCGUAGCACAUUCAAAUGUCAAUAAAAACAUCGUGAAAUUAAUCAGUCUAUUCGAAAGUGUACUAUUUGUAAACAUCAGUAUGUACAACAACAAUUGUAGAGUUGAUGACAUUUUAUGACACCAAAAAUAACAUAGCGUGGUUAUUGCAGACUACUACAAGUAAUUGGAUUUUGUAGAAAAUUUAUAUUUUCAAUGGAAUUUCUAUAUGAUUUUGUCAUAACGUACAACGAUGCGUUGAAGUGUGUAAUCGUUAAACAUCAUUUUGAAAGCCCCCCCCCCAAAAAAAA